CAAGGCCGCCUCUCCCAAAACACAACCAGUAGAAAAUGGGCAUCUCUCUCAGCAUCAUCGCCCGACGACGAGCCCCGACCCACCCUCACCCGUCACCACUCCAGCCCCACCCGGCGAUGGAUCCUGCGCACCCUCACCCAUAUCCUGCGCAUCCCUAUUCUCCGCCACUCGCGUCUUACCUCACAAGUCACAUACCACACUUCUAACGCCUACACUGUCUGCAAUCACCCUAAUCCUUUUGUGGGACAGACCUAUUUCGGUGGCUCAUUUGAGCUGCCGCAGCCUGGAGUGGCGGCGGCGGGGCCGGCGCCGCCCUGCGGCGAGCAGAAGGCGGCAAAAGGUGUGCAUAGCGACGUGAAUGUGCAUAAGGAUACCUUGAGGCUCGAGGUUGAUGAGCUGAACCCGGAUCAAUACCUGGUUUCGUUUGUGUUUGAUGCUUUGGUGGACGGAUGCAUCACAAUCUGUUAUUUCGCCAAGGAUGAAGCCCAGCGCCAAUUUGUUUCAUUAUUUCCUGAAACUUAUGUUCCCAUAAAAGUUCCUUUCAGAAAGGGCCUUCACCAGGAAUUUAGACAGUCCUUAGGAACAGCAAUCAUCACCCUCGUCGUCCCUCCAUCAUCCUCGUCGCUAAGUCCCCCAUCAUCAUCGCUGUCACCAUCGCAUCGCCAUCUUCUCCUCGCCGGCGAGCAGCAACUCGCAAGGUGA